AGGCCCUCUAACUGCUUCAUAGCAUACCGCAUGGCUGCCCACCGAAGCAUACUACUGCAGCAUCCAAAUAUCAAUAGCAAGGAAGUUUCGCAAAUUGUUGGAAAAAUGUGGAAGAAUGAGCCAGAAAGUAUUAAAGAUCACUUCCGAGCCAUAGCAAAUCAAAUGAAAGAAGAGCAUGCUAGCCGGUAUCCGGAUUACAGCUAUAAUCCGAAGCGU